CUGUGGGGUGGACGUGACAAGUCUGACAAGACGAUACAAACUCCAUGGCUGCACAGCCCAUAUUUGGUUCGAUUUAAUAAAUUAAGUUUUCUAAAGGAUUAAAAUCCAAAAUUGCAUGUGUUUGUGGCUUAGAUGUCCAAUUAGAGUGUCCAACGUGAAGUGCCUUUCUCCGUGACAAUUGUGUCGUGUGGUGCAUUUGCAAAAAGCGAUUAAUCUUUUGAGUGAAAUUGAGAGUGGUGUGAGAGGAAAAGCUUCGAGGCGACUUCUCGCCACUUUCACCACAGACCGACCGCCACUCCAGCUUCAUGCCUAAUGCAUCCACUCUCGCUGCAGAUCCAAGCGUGAUCACCGUGAGUGCUUCCUGCGAAAUCUCAACAGACGCCCCAGUAUGUCCUUCAGAGUAGUCCGGAGUUCAAAGUUCCGGCACGUCUAUGGCCAAGCCCUCAAGCGUGAGCAAUGCUAUGAUAACAUCCGCGUAUCCAAAAGCAGCUGGGACUCCACUUUUUGUGCAGUCAACACAAAAUUUCUCGCCAUCAUUGUCGAAUCUGCCGGCGGUGGAGCAUUUAUUGUUCUGCCCCAUAACAAAGUGGGACGCAUCAAUGCAGAUCAUCCUCUGGUUGGUGGUCACAAAGGACCCGUUCUGGACAUUGCCUGGUGUCCGCACAAUGACAAUGUUAUUGCAUCUGGCUCCGAAGACUGUGUCGUAAAGAUCUGGCAAAUCCCAGAUGGUGGUUUGUCGAGGACACUCACGGAGCCCGUGGUGGACUUGCUGUAUCAUCAGCGUCGCGUUGGUCUGGUGCUUUGGCAUCCCUCUGCCCUCAAUGUGCUUCUGUCUGCUGGAUCGGACAACCAGGUGGUAAUCUGGAAUGUGGGCACGGGUGAGGUACUGGUGCACAUCAGUUGCCACCCGGACAUUGUCUACAGUGCCUGCUGGAACUGGGAUGGAUCGAAGCUGGUGACAACGUGCAAGGAUAAGAAGAUCCGCAUUAUCAAUCCACGAAAUGGAGAGGUAGAGAGUGAAGCUCCCUGCCAUGAUGGCUCCAAGGCAACAAGAGCUAUUUUCCUGCGACAUGGACUCAUUUUCACCACAGGUUUCAACAAAGGAUCGGAAAGGCAAUACUCCUUGCGGGCGCCGGACGCUCUCGAGGAGCCAAUUGUCCUAGUGGACUUGGACACAUCAAACGGUGUGAUGUUCCCACUGUACGAUCCUGACACAAAUCUCGUCUUUCUGUGCGGCAAAGGAGAUUCUGUCAUCAGAUACUUUGAGAUCACCCCGGAACCACCAUUUGUGCACUACAUCAACACAUACCAGACGCAAGAUCCUCAACGUGGCAUCGGGAUGAUGCCGAAGCGCGGGUGUGACGUGAAUAUCAAUGAAAUUGCCAAAUUCUAUCGACUCAACAACAACGGAUACUGUCAGAUUAUCAGUAUGACGGUGCCAAGGAUGUCUGAACUAUUUCAGGAGGAUCUCUAUCCUGACACCAUCUCCGACGAGCCAGGGACGACCGCAGAAGAAUGGCAAGCCGGAAAGGAUGCUGAUCCUGUUUUAGUGUCGCUCAAGGAUCGAAAUCUUCUUGUACAGGGCGGCUAUAUUUCGCCAUCGCAAGCGAAGCAGCUCACCGUGACAAAGAAGUCCAAUGUACUCGACAAGAUACCACCGAGAGGCCCCAAAGGAGCGGCAGGUGCUGCACAAAAUGCCAAUUCCUCUGCCUCGAAUGCCGCCAACAACAAUGUUGUCAUUCAACAGACUUCCGGAGUAUCGGAACAAGAACUGAAGGAGGUGCUCGAUGAGAUCCGCAAGAACAAGGAUGAGAUCCGAAAACUGAAGGCGGUGAUUGUUAAGCAUGAGAAUCGGAUUCGUGCCCUGGAGGCGCCAAGUAAGGCGAAAACAGAGAAUGAGAAUGGAUCUAGUCAUGUCGAUGCUGGAUCCCAAAUCCGAGGGACUUCAGACUUGGACGCACCAAUUGAGACACUCAAAUUGGCGCCCGACGAAGUGUAGACUAUAUAAUUAAACUUCAUCAUCGACUUCUUCACCCCCUUGCCCCCCCCUCCCUCUCAGAGAUUUUUUACGCUCCCCCUUUUCAUGCUAUUUAUCUCCCAAUGUCGUACAUUUUGACACGGAAAAAAAGCAAUUAUUGUGUUUUGUCGAGCGAGAAAAUGCAGGAAUUUGAACAGUAAAGGAAUUUAACUAACAAAAUGUAUAGAGGAAAAUCAAGUAAUUUUCAAGCAUAAAGUUUAUAAAGAACAAAAAAUUAAGAAAGUGUUGGUAAAAUUGUGUAAAGUAUUUUGUAGCGCAUUAUUUCUUUCACUUAGGAAAGAGAAAAUGUUUGCCUUUUUUUUGACUUUCUAUAUUAUGUGUAGAAAAUUUGUGCCCUAAAAUCAAAUUAAUUAAAAAUUGUAUAGAACAAGAAAUUGUAACUUGAAAGAAUUUUACAAGGAAAAAAUAUCUUAUAAGGCUGUGCCAAUUUGUUGCUUGAAUCACAUUGAACAAAAAGAAAAAAACAAGUUUAUAUUUCAAAAGAUUUCUUCGCGCAUUGUAAAAAAUGGUAAAACAUUAAGAAUGAUAAAGUUUUGUUAAAAGCAUGAUUUAUAUUGUUAAACAUGAAAUUAUUACUGAAACAUGAAGAAAAAAAAAACAAUCAACGACUCUUAACAACGAAGAUCGAAAAUUGUAGAUGAUUUUUUUUACACUUGUAAAAUGUUUUAUGUAUUUUUCUCGUUUUUUAUUAUAUAUUCCUUUUUAGCCACCUCA